AUGGAGUUUGAUGAGAAAUUUGUAGAAUCUACAGAAGAAUUGGACAAGUUAAGAAAUGAUGGGAGUUUGAUGUUCCAGCUAGUGUCAAUCGUUGAGAUUGACAGGAUGAAGCUGGUGCAGACCAGAGCCAUUCUCAACUACAUUGCCAGCAAAUACAACCUUUAUGGGAAAGACACAAAGGAGAGAGCCCUGAUUGAUAUGUAUAUAGAAGGUAUGGCAGAUUUGAAUGAAAUGAUCCUUCUUCUGCCCAUAUGUCAACCUGAGGAAAAAGAUGUCAAACUUGCCUUGAUCAAAGAGAGAAUGAAAAAUUGCUAUUUCCCUACCUUUGAGAAAGUAAGUGAAGUCAUUCAGCGUUUUGGAACACUUCAUUUUGAGGACAAUAACAGAGGGACUCAGAUUUCCUGGGUUGUGUUUAUGAUGGUGUUGGCCCUUGGCUUCACUCUGAGGCUGCAUUAUCAUGCAUUGCAGGCCCUGAAAACCAGAAUCAGCAACCUCCCCACAGUGAAGAAGUUUCUGCAGCCUGGCAGCCAGAGGAGGCCUCCCAUAGAUGUGAAAGCUUUAGAAGAAGCAAGGAAGACUUUCAAGGCUGAUGGAGGGCUUAAAAUUGCAAAUAUUGGAUUUGAGUCCUUUGCAGAAGGUGCCCAAAAGACUCCAGAGUACCUGCAAUCAAGAGGAUGGACUAGCAACCCAAAGAAAGUCCAGGGGCCAGGGAGCACUGUAAAAUUCCUGGAUGUGAUCUGGUUGGCUGUUCGUGCCUUGAGUGUGGCCCCUGUUGUGGGAAAAAUGUCUGCUUAUGAACAUCAGGAAGAUGUAAAGAACCUGGUGCAAGCCGUGCAGGCCCUGGUAGAUGCACUGGCAGUGGGCACGCAGUACCCCAUACUGAUGGGCACUAGUCCGGUGGAUCUCACCCAGCCCUGUCACUGUGGAGUCAGUAGCUCCUCCCACACUGGGACAGAGGUCUAG